AUGUAUAUGCCUGAGCAUAUCUCGGGAACUGGGGAUGCUAUGUCAAUAAGUGGAAUGGAGCCAUAUUCACGAGUUUCUGACGAACACCGAACUAUAGAAGCUGGACACGAUGCAUUCUUCAUUCCGGAAGAAGCCAUUGGCUCCAUUUACGAAUCCGCUGACUACAUGACAAUAAUGGAUAGAUUCGCCGACCAAUAUCAAAGCGAUCUCGAUGCUCACUGCGAAGUCGAUCCGAUUCGUCAAAUAAAAACUGUCAGAUCCCAACUUAGACACAUCACUUCUACUCUUGAUGAACUCCAAGAAGAGAAUGCAAAUCGAGACCGUCGUGAGCAGAUUAAGAUUUUCGAAUGGUGGGAUAUUGAAACCGGGGCUUGUGAUUCUUCCUGGUUAAACCAAAUGAGUUUUGUGAAUUUCUGCGCGAAUCAGUUGCCCCUGAUGCACUGA